ACAUGAACUGUGCUGUACUGCAUCUGAACCUGGUAUUGGUAUUUACAGUGUGGAUAAUAAGUUGUGGUGUGACAAGAGGGAUUUUUUUUAAAAGGAAAAAUAAAAUAUGAUAUUUCAAUGAGGAAUUGACUCCUAAACUAUCUUAGAUGAAAGGUUCAUUAUAGAAUAACAUGUUUAAGAAGAAAAAGAAGCCAGAGAUAUCUGGCCCAAUAAACUUUGAGCAUCGUGUUCACACUGGGUUUGACCACCAGCAGCGCCGCUAUGUCGGUCUGCCCUCACAAUGGCAGGGGAUUGUUAGUGCCGAGACAUCGGACAGGAGGAGACCUAUGAUAGAUCCCUCAAGUAUCACUCCAGUAGAAAUACAACCUCUUAAGACUAUUAUAAGAGGACAUUCCACAUUGCAACUUAAUGGAGGAAAUCCCAACGGCAUGUUUGGGGGUAUAUCGGUGGCUAGAUCAAAUUCACUAAGAAAUACCAGUCCACCGGCCCGCAGGAAAUAUCAACCAGAUCAGAAUCAUCCGCCAGUACCAGAAGAUGGUCAGAUGGGGAACCGAGGUCUACCAGGGAACCAACACCCUCAGUACCCAGGACCUCCACCCUAUAAUAGGGAAAAUCGGGAUCCUUAUCAAGAACAUAAUAGAAGGGAUAAUAGGGACCCUAGAAACAAUAUGUACCCAGAAAAAAAUAAUCAGCUUAGAGACAUGCGGGAUAAUCAUUAUCCCAAUGACAGAUAUGAUUCUAGAGACGGAUAUCCUGAUGCUAGAUUACAGCCUCCAAGGGAUGAUUACAGAGGUUCGCACCCAAACAGCAGGGAUCAGAGUUUCGAGCAAGACCGGCGGUCUGAAGACUCUUUUAGGAGACUUAAUGACUCUCAUGAUAGUAGAGAUAUGAUGAUGAGAAGAGAUCCACACGAAAUGUCACAGCCUCGGCACAAUCAAAUGCCACCUGGUGGACGAAGUCCGCCUCACCAACAGAUGCAAGGCUAUCCUGACGAAAGGUUCAAUCAGCAAUACCCUAAUUCUAAUGGAACAUUACCACGGCAGCCACCACAACAUCAAAAUAUGCAGGGAUAUAACAGUUUGCCUAAAAAUCCACAACAUCAGUAUGAUAGGGGACCGCAGCACAGUCCUGGUGGUAAAAUGUCCAAUCUGCAGGUACCAGGCAACCAGUAUCAGCAGCAGCCCCCACACCCUGGCCCCAGAGGUCAAGGUCCCCAAACCCCACCUAAAUCACCCCAGCACAAACCUUCCCCCUCACCUGGACCAUUCCCUGAACAACAGCGCCUCUCACAUGAACAGUUCAGAGCAGCAUUACAGAUGGUUGUUAGUCCAGGUGACCCUAGAGAUAAUUUAGACAAUUUCAUCAAGAUCGGAGAAGGAUCUACCGGUAUAGUUUGUAUAGCCACUGAGAGAAAUUCUGGGCAAAAUGUAGCUGUGAAGAAAAUGGACUUAAGGCGACAACAGAGGAGAGAACUGCUGUUUAAUGAGGUUGUGAUAAUGCGUGACUACCAUCAUCCACAUAUAGUUGAUAUGUAUGACAGUUUCCUGGUAGGAGAUGAACUCUGGGUUGUGAUGGAGUUCCUGCAAGGGGGAGCACUCACAGAUAUUGUCACACAUAACAAGAUGGAUGAGACGCAGAUAGCUACAGUAUGUAAAGCCUGUCUGAAAGCGCUUGCAUUUUUACACUCUAAUGGAGUGAUUCAUCGAGACAUCAAGUCAGAUUCUAUACUGCUGGCACAUGAUGGAAAAGUUAAAUUGUCAGACUUUGGAUUUUGUGCGCAAGUAUCACAGGAGCUUCCAAAACGUAAAUCACUGGUUGGAACACCAUACUGGAUGGCUCCAGAGGUCAUCUCAAGGUUACCGUAUGGACCUGAGGUGGACAUUUGGUCACUAGGUAUCAUGGUGAUAGAGAUGAUUGAUGGAGAACCUCCAUUCUUUAAUGAGCCUCCACUUCAAGCCAUGAGGAGAAUCAGAGAUAUGCCCCCACCGAAAAUUAAAAAUGCUCAUAAGGUAUCGCCAAGAUUGCAAGGUUUCUUGGAGAGAAUGUUGGUGCGUGAUGCCUCCCAGAGAGCUACUGCAUUUGAACUUUUGCAACACCCUUUCUUGCACAACGCUGAUAAACCAGCAUGUCUGGUAUCGUUAAUGAGGAACUUUCGAAAUAGCCCUUGCUGAUGAAAACUUGUCAAACAGACAAAUAACUACAAUGUGAUGUUAUCUGAAUAUGAAAUAUAUAGGAAUAUAUAAAAUAAGCAUAUGCCUUCCAGAACAUACUAAUAUAUCAAAGUGGACGUUAUCUGUGCAUUGAUACAGUUUCAAAUUCUAAUCAAAAUAUGGAGAGAAUCUGGUGCAUUAAGAUAAGGAGCUACACCCCAGAUAUAAGAAAUUUUAAAUUACAGUGACCAUAAAGCUUGGAUCAUUCAUGUUAUUCUGAAUCAAAAAAGGU